AUGAAUGAAUCAAUAUUCGAGAAAGUAGGAGUAUUUUUAAAUAACUUGAUUCGCAUUUUGUGUCCAGCUCUACAUAUAACUAUAUUCUCAGAAUAUCAUGAAAGAAAAAUUUUAAAAAAAUUCCUAAGUUUUAUCACUGGUAAGAAUAUUUUUUCAGGUAUAGCUAAUUCAGUGUCUAUACAAGUGCGUUGUAUCUCUCUUUUGUGCUUACCCAUGUACUGUGGAAAAGCUGGCCGAGGUAUUUUGAAGGCUGUUGUGUUGACUUACGUUGUAGCUGGUAAGGACAUUAAGCUUAAAAUAUUUGAAGGAAAAAACUUGAUAAUCACCCGGUUGUACCUAAUAAAACAAUAUUUACUUCAUACUAUUUUUACUGUAAUACUUAUAUGUGUAUUUCAUGUAACAGGACCAAUAACAAAUAUGGGUUUAAAUGCCAAAGAAGUCGUACGCGUAUUUUCUUGUACCACCCGUUUGUCACAUAACCUUUCAAAAUUUAAUUACGUUCAAUCUUAUCGACCAUUGAACAAAGCUUUAAUGGAUUUUAAUGGUGAAAUUAUUCAAAUAGUGGAAUCUAUAAGGUUUUUAUAUUUUAACACGUCUAUUAACCAUAUAAUUGAUGCUGGUUUUGGAGAAGGUUACUCGAGCUUAAAGUUGGCAGAAAGAAAUUUUACAUCAAAUUUAGAUACGAUUAAGUUGCAGAACAGGAUCUAUUUUGAACGAAAACUUUACGGUGUGCAGGAUGCUAAAGAAACUGGAGAACAUGUACUUCAUGCAUUUGCAGAAAAAUACACUAAGAUGGAGUUUGCAAUCAUCGCAGUCAAUAUUUUCUUAGCUUUCUUAUUCCUACGUAUUCCUAUAGCUGCCGUAAACUAUCAUGAUUUAUAUCUCACAAAUAUUGACUACGAUAAUAUUUAUAUAACUGACAACUUUAAGAGAAUCGACGAGAAGCGACGCAGGAAUAAUCAGUUAAACCUUUUGCCUUUAAAAAAGAUGGAAAGGAAUAGAUAUAUAGACGUGUACUCAGCAUCCUACAUACCGUCAGAGCACAACAAGCUGUUGACUCAAAUCCUGAAAGUAAUGCUAGAGGCGGUCACAGCUACGACCUUUGUAAUGUUAGACAGAUUAUUCUAUGAAGCUUUGGACGUAGUGAGACAGCAUGCAUUGGAAAAAAGCCCUACAUUCUCUACACAAGAUAUUUCAAUUAAGACUGAAGGAAAAGGACCCCUAUCUAGUAUGGUGCGUAAAGUCUUAAGAGAAAUUAACUUGAAUAAAAAAAGUAAAAUAUUUUCAAACGGGGAUUGCGUCCCUCAACCUCGAGCAAUGCCUAUAAUUUACUACGUUAAAAUAUAUGGCGGAUACGUUUGGAUCCUUCUUUUGCUGUACAUUAAUCCCUACACAUUAAGAUUGCGAAGACUGAUCUGCAGCUAUUUCUAUUAUAAACGCGAAAAGAAACGCAUAUUACACCUGUACAAUGUCAUUCUUAAGAAACGUUUGAGAAUGCAAAAGACUCUCCGAAGGAAAGCCGUACAAGCUGUUCGUGCUCAUUAUUUGUCUGGAGAGAAUCUGCUGAGCAUGAGAAUGAGAUACCCUCAUUUGUUGGGCUGGCUCGCAGCGUUGCCGGUGGCCAGAAUGAAGUGCCUGAUUUGUGAAGAAACGGAGCCGAGAUACGUUAAGCGACAACAAAUAUGGCAUUCGUGUAUUCAGAGUACUCGGUGUCCAUUCGUAUACUGCAACGAGUGCUGGCUAGAAGUAGGCUUGCAGUGCCUCGCCUGCGACCCCGCGCUCGCCGAACUUAGUGAUGUAGACUCUCUCAGCGACGAUAACCCACCACGAUAUCACUUAAGAUAAACAAUAGUUCCAAGAUGUUUUAUUUUUUCACUUUAAAAAUUUAUGAAUGUGUUUAAAUGGUAAAUAUAAAUGUAAGUUAAAUAAAUGCAUUGUACAAA